AUGAAACCCCGUCAGCCCCCGCUGAACGUUCAUAAACAGAGGGGCAAACCCGAGUUUUAUGAUGCCAUCAGCCAGAUCUGCCAAUUACGCCAAAAGUAUUUGGAGAAUCGGACCGUUUUCGUGGAUGGCAGGGAGAUGGCACCACUCCUGAAGGCGCUUGGGGCUCGAGAUGAAGACUUUGUCACACUCCAAGCCGUGAACAAUGUCCUCAUUGAUGACCCAACCCUACCUUUCCGCAAGUCCCGCAAUGGAAGAUUCUGCUUCGACUGGGAGACCCAAACCUUGCGACGACUCGAGUUCCAGCCAUUUGCACUGUCAUUGGAGGAAGACUUCAAACGGCAUGACUCGAACACGGUUCGUCGCUUCGAUGAAGUGGACAAUGAUCUACAGCUCAACACAGUCUUCCAAGCGCUUCUGCUAUUCAAAGGCCUUAUGUGCCAUGGGAUGACGGUGAACGAACGUGCAAAGCUAGAUUAUCGCAGCAACCAAUGGGUGUGUACGCUGUUUGCUCUGCGCACGAUCACGACCCCAGAAAUGCUGGGAGAGCCAGCCCUAGAAGGUGUACACACGGAUGGAGUCGACCACACCAUGACAACCUAUCUGCGAAGCACAAACAUGUCAUCCAAGAGUGCAGUAACCUUCCUGCAUGAUAACGCUGAAAAAACCGGCAUCCAGCUCAACGAGACCGCGCCGGAAUUGAUCCAAGCCCGAGCGCAGCAUCGCAAUUUCUUGGACACACUGUUAAUUGUCGACAAUGAGCGUAAACACAGCAUCUCCCCGGUCUAUGCCGUUGACGCCUCCAAGGAGGCUACUCGGGACAUGCUAAUUUUCUUCACGCGCAGGCCGGUGGUUGACGGCCAUAUUUCUUCAGAUAUCGACUCUCUUAAUCCUCACAUGGAGAUGGAAAUGGAGUUUCCUCUCAUGAGCCUGAGAGAUGGAUAUGGAUUUGGAAAGAGCUGA